AUUUUCCAUCAGUCAUCAGUGAGAUUUCGUUGGGAAAGUGUCUUAACGGAAGUGCUUAUUUUUUAGUGACGUGCGCGUUUUGCGAAAGGAAGAAGUUGCAAUAUUCUUUCUGGAAAAUCACUCAGAAUUGCAUUUUACUGUUCGCUGCAGAUUAGAAACGUUGACCUUGAUGUCGCAGUAAGGUAAUAUUGCGAAGAGAAAAAUUAUUAUUUAGUGCGCAGUGUGUGUCGGAAUUAACCAAAAUAUUACCUAUGUUGAGGUGAUGUGAUUGAUUAAACAAUCAUCGAAUGUGCAUGUGCAAGCAAAUGAAGAUUAUCUGCCUGCAAUAUAGAGUUACGGAAAAGCAAAAGGAACACAAAUUUCCUUUUCGUAGUAUCUGAAUUUGCAGCUUUUGAGUGAUUUCGUACGGGUUUGCCGACCUCGGAGAAAACAGAAAAAGAAAUCAAAAUGGCGCGUCCCCGCUGUUGGUGUUCUAUCGGUUUGACAAUGAUGCUGAUUAGUCUGUUUGGAUGUGUCAGUACUCAAUCCGUUCGUCACGGAUUUCCUCCGGAUAUUUUACAUGUGGAUUACGAUGAGGAUCCAUUGCUGAAACGACCAUUCGUUAUAAGCCGCGUGACCGAGAGGGAUGGUGUGGGGUUCGAUACAAGUCGGUUCAAACGCAGUCCUGCUGGAACCGGUUCUAGCUCGUCGGCUGCCAGCGGUGGCGGCAGUUCAAUGUCUUCAGCAACGUCGCCAACGAGCAGCAGCAACAGCUUGACGAAGGAAAGCAAAAAUUCUCUUCCGCAAGAAAUUGAAGCCAAAGUGAAUAAACUGAACGACUCCCAUGCUCAGCUGAUUGUGCAUUGGCUCGGUGAGGGUACGAGCGUUAUGAUUUGCCUGGCGCGCGAGCCUCCCGCCGAUAACGAUGCAAAAGCUCCACCCCCGCAGCCGUCCAGAAUUUUCGUGUCUAAGGACUACGGUGACACGUUCGACGAUCAAACGGAAAUGUUUGCACUGAAUAUCAACGGAUCGAUUGUCAGCUCGACAGUGGAGCAGUUCUUCACCCAUCCUAAGUUUAACACGAUAGUGUUUACCGAUCCGAGGAACAAGGCGAUAUUCACAUCGGAAGACUAUGGAAAAUCGGUUACGGUGCGAAUGUUGAAUUUCACACCAUCAGAUGUAACAUUUUAUGAGGCCGAUACCAAAAUGAUUCUAAUUCUGGAUAAGAAAGAUCCAGAGCGAAAGCUUUACUACACCACGGAUUUCGGCGCGUCUUUCACCCUUCUGCAAAGUUAUGUAAAAUCUUACAUAUGGUCAUCUGGGGAAGGAGUUCCAAUCCAUCUUUACGUCGAACGAAAGGAGCCAACAAAUACUUCCUCGGUCAUAUUCUACAAUGCAUCCAACAUGCGCAACAACACAAAUCAAUUCAACGUGCUGAUUGAGAAGGUGGAAGAUUUCCACAUUAAGAAAGAUUUCAUGUUCGCAUCACAACGGCUUCCCAACAACACCCAGCUGUUAAUUAGCUACAAGCGGGGAAAGUUUGUAAAAGCUGACUUUCAAACUGAGUUGGAUAUGAAAGGCUACCACGUGGCGGAUGUUGAUGAUCGUCGGAUAAUGAUUUCCGUGGUACACACGGAACGGAUUUCGCAUCUGUAUGUGUCAGAAUCGAAUGCAGACAUGACGGAUAUCAAGUUUGUUCCUAGUUUGGAGAAUGUCUUUACCUACAUGCCUGAGCUAAACUGGCGAUCUAGUUGGUUGGUCCAAUCAUCGGAUGGUGCUUUUACCGAUCUGUACAAGGUGGAAGGUUUGAGAGGAAUUUAUAUUGCCUCAAAAAUCAAUCGAAUACCGUUAAGUGAGACGAUUUCACCAGAUUCGUUAGUAUCAUUGAUCACCUUUGAUCACGGUGCUUCGUGGAGACCUAUUACGGCCCCUACAACGGACGAUGAUGGACAGCCGAUACAGAACUGUAUUAAAGAUUGCAGUCUCCAUCUAUCACAGAAGUUCAGUUCUCUGUACCCGGUGACACGGUCGGUGAGCAUAAUGAGUUCUAAAUCAGCUCCCGGCGUUAUUAUGGCAUCGGGAGUUGUCGGUAAAUCGCUGAAGGGUCAUCCGGGCGUCUAUAUUUCACGAGAUGCUGGGCUAACGUGGAAGCAAAUUUUGAAAGACUAUCAUUUCUUCAACAUGGGUGACCAUGGAGGAAUUUUGGUUGCUGUGAAGUAUUUCAAGUCCAAAGGUGAAACGAAUGAAAUUUUGUACUCCACUGAUGAAGGAGAAAAGUGGAUGUCAACAUCCUUCCACUCUACCAACUUGAAGGUGUAUGGACUGAUGACCGAACCCGAUACAAAUACAACCAUUUUCACACUAUUUGGCUCGGAACAGGAGGAACAUAAGUGGCUGAUUAUCAAGCUUGACCUGAAAAAGGCAUUCACGUCUAACUGCACUGAGGAUGAUUAUAAAUUUUGGGCUCCAGGUGCCAACACAGGAGAUUCUUUUGUGCCAUGCAUUUUGGGAUUACAAGACACUUACCAGCGAAGGAAGCCACAUGCCAAUUGCUAUAACGGAAUGGAUUACGAACGGCCAAUCCGACAACAAGUCUGUUCGUGUAAUGGCUGGGAUUUCGAGUGCGAUUUUGGCUUCAGCCGUAGUGGUACCAAGAACAGUCCAUGCGUACGAAACAAGACAAUAGAAAAUUAUGAUCCAUACGCCGCUCCUAGCACCUGCAAGCCAGGACAAUUUUUCAAUAGAACCAAAGGCUACCGUAAGAUUGACGGGGAUGUUUGUAUAGAUGGAUAUUCUUCGCAAUAUUUACCCCAGGUUAUUCCCUGCCCGAUGGAAGAGGCGCACGAAUUUUUAGUGAUUGCACAGAGAGACAAAAUAUCGCGAAUUAAUUUGAGUAAUCAAACGAGAGAGGUUCUCCCUGUAACAGGGUUAAAGAACGUAAUUGCGAUUGAGUUUGACAAGCAACAUAAUUGUGUGUUUUGGGCGGAUAUCAUGACUGAUGUCAUUGGUCGGCAAUGCUUGAAUGGAGAUCAAGCUCCAGAACUGCUGGUGGAUAGUGGUUUGUCCUCAGUGGAAGGUAUGUCCUAUGACUGGGUAUCAGAAAUGUUGUACUUUGUGGAUGGAAUGCGUUUGAAAAUUGAAGCUGUGAAGACGAGUGCCAGUCCAUUGGGACGAAUGAGGAGAACCAUAAUUGACGCGCCUAAUUUAAAUAAACCUCGUGGUAUCGUUGUACAUCCCCUACAAGGAUAUCUCUUUUGGACAGACUGGAAUGCUUUGCGGCCAUCCGUAUCUCGAGCCAAUUUGGACGGCAGCGAUGUGAAGGUAUUAUUCACAAAACCAGACGUUGUAUGGCCAAACGGAGUUACCAUCGAUUACAUUGCGGAACGCUUGUAUUGGGUUGACGCUAGCAAAGAUUACAUUGCCAGUAGUGAUUUGAAUGGAAAGAAUUUCAUCAAUAUCCUUCAACAGGAUUCCCGCGUGGCCCAUCCAUUUGCGGUAGCCGUCUUGAAAGAUCUUAUGUACUGGGACGACUGGAAAAUGAAUUCCGUUUAUUCAGCCGAUAAAGAUCAUGGUAUAAUGAUCAACAUAAUUGCAGAGGAGAUGAUGAAUUCGAUGGAUCUUAAGAUAUAUGGGCACUCUAUUCAAGAAGGGACGAAUGGCUGUUCCGAGGGUAACAAGUGUUCCCAUAUUUGUGUUGGGGCUCCGAAAGGAAGCUACAGCUGCCUCUGCCCUGAUGGUAUGGAAAAAAAUGCUCAGGGCCAAUGUCUUUGCCCAGGUGGUGUGACACCGUUUGCCAACAAUACAUGCGCUCGUUCUGGAAGCACCUGUGGAUCAAAAUUCUUUGAUUGCAAAAACAGCAUUUGUGUUCCUUUGAUUUACAAAUGCGACGGAGAUGAUGAUUGCGGUGACAGAUCAGAUGAGGAAGGUUGUCCAGCGGAUAAGCCUCCGUGUCCACCGUACAUGUUUACGUGUAAAUCGGACAAACAGUGCGUGCCAAAGUACUUUGUUUGUGAUUAUGAUCGAGAUUGUUUGGACGGAUCAGAUGAGCAGAACUGUAAGGCUGCUUCGUGUAAAUCGGAUGAAUAUACUUGUGGAAAUGGCCGAUGCAUAAACAAGAGUUGGCUUUGCGAUGGUGAAGACGAUUGCCGCGAUGGAACUGAUGAAGCCACUUGCCACAAAAACAGUACUGCAAUUGUAGAAUGCAAACCAGACGAGUUCCGCUGCAAUGGAACGAAUACGUGCAUUCCAAAACAGUGGCGUUGUGAUACCGAACAUGACUGCAAUGAUGGGUCAGAUGAGUUCAACUGUACCAAAAAAGAAUGUGAACUGUGGAUGUUCAUGUGUGAAAGUGACAUGCGAUGCAUUUACAAAACGUGGCAAUGCGACGGAGAGAAGGACUGCAAGGAUGGCAGUGAUGAGAAGAAUUGUAGUGCGUCUACGGAGGUACCAAAGAAACCUGGAAUCAAUUUCUUACCGGGAGAUUCUUGCCAUGAUUGGAUGUUCAAAUGUGCCAAUGAUAAAUGUGUGCCAUAUUGGUGGAAGUGCGACGACGUUAAUGACUGUGGAGAUGGAUCGGACGAAGCAGGUUGCAAUUCCACUCAAACGAUAUCUAGUACUACACAGAAACCGAUUCCUACGAGAAAGAAGGAGAGAAACUGCGGCCUGCAUGAGUUCCGGUGUGACUCCGGGGUUUGUAUUUCGAAACGUUUCGUGUGCGAUGGCUACGAAGAUUGUACCAAAGGUGAGGACGAAGAUAACUGUCCAUCACAGAAGCAAUGCAGCAUUAAGCACUUUAAGUGCCGCAGCGAUGGAAUGUGUUUGCCGAUGGAGAAGUACUGUAACAACGUGGUUGAUUGUGCUGACGGCAGCGACGAGGAUUGCAAAUUUAAGCCAAACACAUCAACAACUAUCAGCAACAAUUGCACCAACAAUCCCGGCGUAUUUGCUUGCGAUAACACUUGCUUUGCAUUGAUGGUCCAAUGUGAUGGAAAAUCCGAUUGUUACGAUGGAACAGAUGAGGAACAUUGCGAUAAGAUUAAAACGAAGCACUACCAGGUCACACAGAUUGGUGUUGACGAGCGUUCGCUGAAUUCCACCAGUUUCCUGAUCUUUUGGUGGAUUCCUUUACCACGAGAUGUUAGUUUCGAGUAUCUUCCCUCAAUCUAUUAUAACGGUGAAUGGAAGAACGUCAGUAACUGGAUCGAUCAAACGGACUACCGCUUCACGAAUCUGAAACCGUACACUCUUUACAAUGUAACCACGUAUGUGAGAGUGAAAAAUCAAACGAAGAUAACUCCGCCUUACAUUUAUUACGAGAUCGCAACAAGUGAAGGAAUUCCUAGCGUUCCUUUAAAUGUUUCGGUCGUUCAGAUCAACGGUUCUCGUAUUCAAGUCAGCUGGCAAGCACCAAAGGAAGUUAAUGGACUACUGCAAGGUUAUACCAUCAACUACAGAUCACAGUCGAAGAACGUAGGCCCGGCACAGAAUGUUAAAGUUGGUGCAUCUGAAAACAGUGUUAUCAUCGAAACCGAAUUCAAGCCAGACGUAGUGUACGAGUUUUGGGUGAAAGCCCGAAAUGGAAAACACGAGUCCAUUUCUUCUAAUAUGGUGCAGCUUAAGUUCGACGGCACUUCAAAUAUCGAAAAAAUCAGCAAGAUUGAUGUGGUAAACAUUACGAAAAAAUCAGUGACUCUGGAAUGGAAGCCGGUCAGUAACGCCGAUGGUUACAUGAUUCAACCGAUUCUACCUCAAUCAUAUCCAUUGUUGAACACUAUUUGGACAAAGAAUUCAACGGUGACGUUGGAUAAUAUGGUACCUGGCACACAGUAUGUUAUCAAGGUCGCUGCCUAUGUGAAGCAAUAUGUUGGACGCCAUGAAACUACCAUAGUUUCAUUCGGCGGAGAUCCCCUUCCCGCAGUCAACGUUCGUUUGAAGGAACAAACGCAUGAUUAUUCAUUGAUUGAAUGGGAUGAACCGCAAGGCAGUUUUGGCAAGCUGAUUUACGGAGUCUACUAUGGUACCAAUAUGGAUCAAUUGUUUGAGGCCUCCAAAAUAAACAUUACUGCUACCAGCUAUAAAUUGAUGAAACUUCGACCGUGCGAGUCGUAUGUCGUCAGUGUUGGAAUUGUUGGACCGAUUGGACCAGGACCACUGGGUCGCAAUCCACUGAAACUCGAUACACCUUACAACAACACAUUGCCACCAAAGGAGCUAACCGUUGAUAUUAGCGAAACUAGUCAGAUUUACUCAGAAAUGAUUAUUCAGUGGAAGCAUAGCUGUUCACUGGAGUCGUCUUCCUAUCCUAAUUAUAUUAUCUCCGUUCGAGAGUUGACGAAGAAUAAAACAUCACUGGUGAACGUUAAAUCGUCGGCCAAUAAAACGCUCGUUCACGUUUUUCGUAGUAUUCCCCGUGGUGCUGCCUACGAAAUAGCUGUCUCGACCGACAUUCCGAACGCACAGGUUGUCACAACGGUUGCAUAUUCGGCACCGCUGCCGGCUCCGGUACGGUUGCAAGUAUGGCCGGAAGCCAAUGGUACCUAUGUGGUGUACUGGAAGCCAGUCAACGAUUUCAAAGAAAUCAAGUUCACAUACCAAGCGGUGGUGUACGAAGGUAGAGGUGUAAACACCUCCAUUCCACCUUUACUUGUAAUCGAAGCCAAAGAGCCGCCAAUACUAAUCAAUCCGGAUCGAUUGUCCGCCUUGGUGACCGACAGUCUGUUUACGAUUGGAGUGAGGCUGAAAACAGUUGACGGCUUCUUCUCCGAUAUCGUCGAAACGGAGUCGUUUUCAAAGCACAACUUCCAGGGUCUAGUACAAGAGUCUUCCUUCUCGUAUGCAUGGCUGUGGGUCAUACCGACCAUAAUUGCCAUGGUACUCGCGCUGACUGUAGUGUACGUAGUGCAGAGGCACCGGCGGUUGCAAAAUUCGUUCAGCCGCUUCGCAAAUUCACACUACGACACACGGACGGGUGCCACACGCAUUGGGGACAGCCUCGAUGACGACGACCACGAGCAUCAGGAGGUGCCGCGAAGUUUUUCCGACGAUGAACCACUGGUCAUUGCGUAAAACACCAAAAUUUCGGAUUUGUUUUGUUUAGGGAAAAACAAAAUAUCAGUAAGAGAAUAAAGUAAACGCUUGUGCAACUAUUCUGCUCAUUUAGUUGAAAGGAUCAGAAAAUAUCUGAAGAAACACGGUAAACUAAAAAAAGGGAUUAAUAUUACACGUGAAUCGGUCCCAGUAUGGGGCCGGAUUCGUUUUGUCUGUGAAAAUUGAUUAUAACUUUUUAUAUAGUAGUAGUAAUGCAUGUGUAAAGUCCUACAAACAAAAGACUAGUAAUUUUGUAUUUAUGUUGAUUUUAUUUUGAUAGGUUUAUUUAAUUGCGUUUUACUGUAAAUUUGUAAGUUGUUUUCUUUGUAUAGAAGAUUUCUUGUACCAUAUAUCUAUUAUUAGUAUGCAUUCGCGGAACCAACUAAGACUUUAACAACACGUGAGAUAGAGAAAUGAGUGAAAGAGACAACAGGAAGUUAUGUUAUACAUUAGAGGAGAACCAGCAAUGCAAACAAGAACAUAGAAGAACAACACAAUAACGUUAUUGCGGAAAUAUCGCAAUCAAAAAUCAUAAGAAUGAAAAACUAAACUGAAUUUUGCUAUCAGGAAUCAGUAUGAAAAUGCACAUCCAUGUUUUCUUGACAGCAGUCGUGUAGAAAAAGCAAUUUGUUAUAAGGUAAAGAGCCUAUUUUCACCCUAUUAGGGAGGGUGCCUCGCUAAAAUUAUAUAACUAGAUCUCCAAACGAUUGAUGCGUUUAAAUUGGCUUCAACUGCUUUACUUCUUUGUUGAGAACACAAAUUUCUUGAAAUCGGUGAAAUGGUCGUGUUUUUAGCGUAACGAAAACUCGAAUCAAGUGCUGCUAUUGUUGCUAUACCGUUUGACUCAAUGCGUUGAACAAAGAUAGCAGACGCUGAAAUGGGUAGGGUGAUAAUAGAAGCAUGGUGAAAUUAGGCUCAAUACCCAGGUUAUUCCAGUAAAAACUUUGACGACCUGCGUUAACAUUGGAAUUUAUUUUUCGUUGAGGCUUUUAGUACACAUUGAUGUAACAUUUUUUGAGGAACACUAGGAUGCUGAAAUACUUUUUAGGUUUUGUUUCCGAAAAUUAUGAACAGUUGGAAAUAUUUUUAGUCUGAUUGAUACAUUCUGAACGGAUUCUCGAGGGUUUUGAAAUACAAAUGUGGUAAAUAAAAAUAAAUGGCAAAGACAAAGAUUAAUGAUAGUAGAUAACAAUAAUGAUGCAUUGCUCUUGUUAUUAUUAUUCAGUAAGCUAAUAAAUGGAUAGGUACUGGCGACAAGAGUUUGGAAAGUGUUUUCCUCGUGUUUUUGUGUACUAUUUAGUGUGAAGAAGAAAUCUUUUAGAACGGUAUUCGAGAAGGCAAUGGGUCAGAAACGUGAAGCUACAGCAAACCCUUCACCAAAAGAAAACUUCCAGUAAUUUGAUCCGGGUUGGUUUGUUUUUUUUCAGCAUUAUGAGUCGUUCCAAAAAGUGAAUAUAAAAAAUAAGUAGCGAAAGAAUAACUAUCCUUACGAUUUAACAUAUAAGUAAUAAUUGUAAUGGUAAAAAAGAAUUGAGAAGAAGAGUGAUGUGGAAAUAUACACAUAAUACAUA